GGAGAGACCACGAAGUUGGUGUAGGAUCUCCUGUUCAUCAAUAUCCGAAGGCAAAAUAAGAUGCCUGACUAAGCCUUAGUGCCUGAGUUCGUUGAAUUUUGCCUGGCAUUUGAACCUGAACGACGCAGAUUUCCAAUGACGGAUUUCUAAGCGCAAUAAUAUCUCCAUAAUUAUUUUCCCAUGAACAAGCAGAGCUUAUGACAGUUUAAGUUCUCCUAGGUUCUCCUACGCUCGUUCUAGAGUUACUUUGGAAGUCUCAUUACUUUUAUUUGCUUUGUUCAAUUUCCCUCAUGGCAUCCCAUCAUAAUGAACGACCAGAAGAGGAGGAGUUUGAGGAAGAGAUCCUAGAAGAAGAUGAUGCAGCCGAGGAGAUUGAUAACCAGGACGAUGAUGUUCCGAUGGAUUCGGACUACGAUGAUGAAGAGGAGGUGAUAAUCUUGCAGAAUGACAGCGUCGCCCAUUUUGAUAGGCACACUGACUCGGUCUUCUCAAUUACGUCACAUCCCCGUCUCCCCAAUAUCAUCGCAACCGGUGGCGGCGACGACGUAGGAUACGUGUUCGACAGUGCCGUACAAUCACCAGUACUACCGGCCUCCUACUCCACGCCUCCCCAAGAACCGGAACGACAGAGUAUCGAGGCACUGGCAAAACUCGACGGCCACUCGGACUCCAUCUGCGCCAUCGCCUUCACGCAGCCGGCCGGACAAUAUCUUGUCACAGGCGGGCUCGACGGGCGGCUACGGGUAUGGAAAGGAAGUAACGACGGCCGGCAAUGGAAGCCCCACGCUGCCGCUCAAGAGGUGGAAGAAAUCAACUGGAUCGCGACCUCGAAACUCACGUCCCAACCGAACGCCUUCGCUGUUGGCGCCUCCGACGGCAGCGUCUGGGUCUACCAAGUCUGCGAAGGCGCCUCGAACGACGAGAAAUUGGUUCCGAUCCAAACCUACUUCCCCCCCGCCUCCGCUAGCAGCACGGCCGGCGCGUGGUCGCCCUCGGGCGUCCUUCUCGCAACGGUGUCGGACGAUGGAUCGUUCAACGUCUACGAUCCGUUCGGCGAAGCCGCUGCCAAAGGACUCGUCCCGGCAUCCGGCCAGCAAUCGCUCGUUUCGCUCGGCCACGGGGACGAGCGCUUCCGAGUGGAGGGAGGGCUGUUCAGCGUCACGAUCGGACCCACGGGAUCGUUCGCGGCGAUGGGUGGCGCGGACGGUGAGAUCAAGGUGGUCGGGAUGCCGAGGCCGGCCACUCCAGGGGCGAAGGGGAAAGCCGGCGCGGCCAAUCCGGGUGGGCAACUCCUUGCGAGCUUGAACGUGCAGAAGGACAGCCUCGAUGAAACGCCCGCGGCGAGUAUCGAGAGCAUCGCGUUUGCGGCGCCGUCGGUGGGGUUGAUGGCCGCUGCGUGCGUCGAUGGGAGCAUCUCGGUCUUCGACACGUCGCGGAACUUUGCGCUGCGACGGUAUAUCCAAAACGCACAUGAUGGUGAGGCGGUCAUUUCGGUGAAGUUUGUGGGUGGUGGUGGGAAUGGGGAUUGGUUGCUCACCAGCUGUGGCUAUGACGGGGUUAUCAAACGGUGGAACCUCAGGGGUGGUGCGGCGGUGGGAGCUGGCGCGCAGUCGACGUCAGUGGAGGAUUUGAGGGAGAAGGGAUUAGUUGGCGAAUGGAAGGGGCAUAGAGGUGGUGGAGAGGGUGGAGGUGUGCUUGGGUUCGUCCAGCACGGGGAUAGGAGCGGGAAUUGGGUGGUUACCGCUGGCGAUGAUGGCGUAUCGUUGAUCUUCUUGACACCAGUCGGUUGAAGGGUCAAAUAAAGUUGAAUUGGGCAUCGAUUGAGGGCUGUAUCAAACGGGCGGGUUGUAUAUACAUGAGAUUAAUCCCCAAGCGGCACACGCUGCGUUAUGAACACUUCCACAUGGAGGAUAUCCCUCCUUCAGCAGCGCUACAGUGAACCUCAAC